AUGGAGCUCAAGGUAACACUUAGCACUGACUCCGAUAACGAAAGGGGCGUGUAUGGUGACUAUAGUAAAGUUGGCGCGAGGGCAGACUGGACAUUCAUGGUUACUGAGGCAGCAGACGAGAAGGUCUACUUUAAAGUCUACAACCCUAGCAAUAACCAAUAUAUGAAAUCCGGAAAUUCAGCUGAUGGGGACAAUGACCGCCCGAUUUACGCUUCUACUAAUUCUGACACUUUUAGACAUCAGUGGUACCUUGAGCCAGUCAUGUACAAUGGCGACCUCCUGUUCUACAUUUUCAACCGGGGUACAACCCAGCCCCUGAAGCUGGGCCAAUUCACGGACUCGGAUGGCGACCGCCGCCGGGCGCGCACGGCGGAGAUCCGUCUGGCGAUCCUGAACGUUUCGGAUGGAAGAUGGUUCGUUACUAAUCAAUUGUAG